UUAUUGAUUAUCAUUUUCUUUUUUCAGAGACCAGCACAAUGUGAAUUAAUGAUUGAAAUAUUAAAACUGCGUGAAAGUGAAAUUUUUGAAUAAGUCAGAAACCAGAAAGUGUAAAUAUGAUUCGAUGUAAAAAUUCUAUAAAAAUUUCAUAAACGAGAUAACAGAUAUCUAACAUUACUUAGAUCAGGGAAUAGAAGAGCUUGAAGCAGUGGGGAAAUGUUACCUAUGCGUGCAUGAAGGUGCUGGGAUGUGUACUGCUUAAGACACUCAUGUAGGUUAGAGAGAGGGGGAGUACUGAUCUCCCAUCUUCAGCUGCAGAUCCUGCAGUGACGACUCCUGAUAAUGCUGUCAGCACCAUCAGGUUCCUCUAGUUUAGUUCCACUUCCUGACCAGACACUUCCGCUCUCCACAAUUAGAAAAUCGGCUUCAGAUGGACAGGUUGUUCCCUUGGGUAGUGUUGGAUCCAGGAGGGUGAGCAAUCAAUCCCUUCCCUCUCCCACGGAGGAGGAAAUGGUUCCACGGCGGGGAAGCGACGGUGAGAUCUCGAUGAUGGAAAACUCCAACGAUGACGAUCCUUGUUCCCCAGUUGCGCUCGGGAUUACAGACUGGAGCGAUUGCGCGAGUCCUAACGCGCACAUUUUUGUCCCGACUUCUGGGAGUGUACAAAGCUGUUAUCUGGCACAAGAUUGUUUGCAUUCAGGGAUGAAGUUUAAAUGCGUUGCCUGCAGAACUAUCGCACAUCAAGGUUGUAUCUCUGCCUUAAAUAGUGUGUUUCCUUGUAAGCUAACCUUCAGAGAGUGUGUGAGGAAGUAUCGUGAACAAACGGAUGUUCAUCACCAUUGGGUCAUUAGGAAGCAGAUGAAAGGGAAGUGUAUAUCUUGCCACAAAAACUUCCAAUCCAAGCUCGGUUCCAAGUUUAGCAGUGCAGCUGUUGGUAUCAACUGCUCCUGGUGUAAGCUAGCGCUGCACAACUCUGACACAUGCCGCGCUCUUGUCGUAUCCAAUCCAGUCUGUGAUCUCGGAGUACACUCAGGUAUCAUAAUCCCUCCGUCCUGGAUUAUAAAGCUCCCUCGGAAGGGAUCCUUUAAAUCCAGCAUCAAAAAUUCCCCUAAGCGCAGUGGCGAACAUAGACUCCAAAUUUGUGAAAAAGUGCGCACCGAACAAGCUACCAAAGUGCCAAAGGAACACCCAACCUUCCUCCUCAAACCUAUUCCUGUAGCUCACGGGUGUCCGGUCAUAGUGUUUUUAAACCCUAAGAGUGGGGGAAACCAGGGAGAGAAACUCAUGCAAAAAUUUCAGUGGCUCCUGAACCCUAGACAGGUUUUUGAUCUUAGUCAAUCUGGACCUCUUCCUGCAAUAGAACUAUAUAAACGUGUUCCUGGAGUCAGGUUCCUGGCGUGUGGCGGAGAUGGGACAGUAGGUUGGGUUCUAUCCGUACUAGAUAAGGCUGAUGUCCCGUCCCCACCUCCAGUGGGUGUGCUACCCCUAGGAACUGGGAAUGAUCUAUCCCGGACCCUGGGUUGGGGUGGAGGGUAUACUGAUGAACCGAUUAGUAAAAUUCUUAUCUCCCUACAACACGCAGAUAUAAUCAAUGUUGACCGAUGGCAGCUCUCUCAUCAACCUAAUCCAGAAUAUCCGCCCAGUGAUAAGGGAGAGGACCGGCUACCCAUGCAGGUGGUGAAUAAUUACUUUUCCCUGGGUGUGGACGCCCUCAUAGCUCUCCAGUUUCACGAGGCCAGAGAGGCCAAUCCUCAGAAGUUCAACUCUAGGAUCCGGAACAAAAUAUUCUACGGACAGACCGGAGGUAAAGAUUUAAUUCUCCGGAAAUGGAAAUCUUUGACGGACUAUAUCCGGGUCGAAUGUGACGGACGGGAUAUAACGCCUAAGCUCCGUGAGCUGAAAGUCCUGGCGGUCAUUUUUCUCAACAUUCAUCAUUAUUCGUCCGGGACCCGUCCUUGGAAUCGUCAAUUCGGCGAGCAGCGUCUGGACGACGGACUGCUGGAGGUUAUUGGUGUGACGACAUAUCAGUUCCCGCUUCUACUCGCUGGAGGUCAUGGACACUGUAUUACACAAUGUCAGACUGCUCGAAUAACAACAAUGAAGACAAUACCUAUGCAAGUGGACGGAGAGGCUGUCAGAGUUAAUCCUUCUGUUAUAGAGAUAAGGUACCUGAACCAGGCCAAAAUGCUUGUGAAGAGGCAGAGUGGGAGUAAGGUUCGGAGUACAGGUCUACCCUGUGCUCUGCUCAGGAUUGGAGUUUCCAAGAUAUCUAUGGUGGACUACGAGGUGUACCAUUGUAACAAGGAUCAGCUGAAAUCGUUAGCAAAACCUUUCGGUGAACUCAAUGUAGAAUCAACAGCUGACUUAGAACAGGUUCGGUCCCUAGUUAGAAAACUACAAGAAAACAAUAUUGGUCCUGUACAAUCCAAGCUUCAGUCGGAAUGGUGUUUCCUAGACUCAGUUACUGCCGAGAGAUUUUUCAGGGUGGACAGGGCACAAGAAAAUUUACAUUUCUUGCCGGACAUUUGUGAGAACACCUUGUAUAUUCUUGAGACAGAGGAAAUAGUCGAGGAUAUUCAGAGUAACCUCUCUAAUCUACUCCCUGAAGAUCUGAUGACUCCACCCCGGUCCCCACUCACCCCUAUACCUGGAGACCCACUCCACGAGGAUAGAUUACCUACCACUCAACCAUCAUCAGACAAUGAACUGCUAGAUGAGGAAGAAAAUCACCAGAAAAGAGUUGGAGCUCUUAAAGAGCGUGGUGGAAUUGAUGCUUCUGUUCCAACCUUUGGUCUCACACCUCCUGAUGAUGACUCCCUGAAAACUACAGAUGGGAUCCUAAAGGCAGCUCGGCUAGGGGAUUUAAAGAUGCUACGUGAAUUGUGUACUGAAGGAUAUUCUCUACUCUCUAGGGACGAAACAGGGAAAACAGCACUUCACUAUGGUGCAAGGUUUGGACAUAAAGAGAUAAUUAAGUUCUUAGUGAUGAACGGCCCUCCUACUUUGAUUGACAUGACUGAUUAUGAGAAGGGACACACUGCUUUACAUAAAGCCGCGGCAUACAAGCGCAGAACCAUCUGUUGCAUGCUAGUGACUGCAGGCGCCAACCUUAUUAUAGAGGAUUCUUCAGGAAAAACUGCCCAACAGUUGGCGCUGAGCGCUGAAGACGACGAUCUGAGCGCCUACCUAGAGUCCCAGGAACUAUUCCAGACUUCAAAUAAAGAUUUUGAAACUCAAGUUUGAAUUGGUCAAACAGAAAUUUAGAGGCUUCCGGAGCAAACGUAUAUGUUAAGACCACGAAAAAAUUCCAUUCUUCCGAUAUUAUCACUAAUUCGAUAUAUGUGUGAAACUAUUUAUAGAUUUAUUAUUGGUAUGAGCUAAACCCUUCGUUUCACAAUUGAAAAUCAAGAGUUUUGAUUUUAGUUGGUAUUGAUUAUUUAUAUGAUUAUUGAUUACUCAGUAUUAUGAUAAUUUUUCUAGAUUGUUGGGAUUAUCAUUAGGGUUGAAUUCAGUGUAUGAAAAUAAUCCUUUACUCUUCCAGUAUCCAUGUCAUGACACAAUGUAACGCAAAAGUAUUUUUUAUUUUUCUUAUUCUCGUAAAUCCAGAUUUUCUGUUAAUCCCUGCAUCUAGUAUUUAGUUGUGAGUACUAUUUUAAAAAUCAUCUUUAUAAACUUCUUUAUACUCAAUCUAGUCAAAACAAAUGGAAGAAAAUAUUAUAUUUAUUGACCUGUAAGGAAGGUUAAUCCUACAGGCUCUCCUGGUGUCUCAUAUACAUAUAUUGUAUAAUGCAGGGUCAACUUUAUUAUUUCAGGUUUAUCAGAGAUUGUUUGAAAUUAUAAUUAUGUUAAAAAUUGAUUCAUUGAUUACAGAAAUUUUCCGACUUUAGAACAUUGUUGAAUGUAUAAAGGGAUUCUCAACGAAAUCAUAAGUGUUCAUUAAAAGGGUUUGAUAAAUACAUAUAACAGUCCCUUUAAAUUUAUAUUUGAGAAAUGAUGACGUAGAACUCGCGUUUAUCCUUCCUGGAAUUUAACCAAUUUUUUUUCUUGUUCUGUGGUGUCAAUGUCCCAUCAUCGAAUAUUUUAAGAAACUAUUUUUAUUGGAACUCGAAAAAAAUAGAAAAUAUCAUAAAAUGUCGUUUACAAUCCCAUUAAUGAAACUUUCUUUGUUGAACUAGAAUAUUAUUUAUUGUCCGGCAUUCUAGAAUAUUUUCAGGGAUUAAUAUUCUUGCAUUCAUUUACUCGCCCCCCCCCCCGUUUUGCUUAAAAAAUAUAUUUCUUCCUUUAAAAUGUAUAUUUGUUCUCCUGUUUGACUUAAGAAAAUAUUUCUUCAUUUUAAAAAAUUGAACGUUUCUGUCACCCACCCAACAUGUUCCGUAAUUUUUACCAUUUCCAAGGGCCGGGAGGUGGGAAGGGUUGUGAUUUGCAGCAAUAUUUUCCCACUUUUUAUCCCCUUUGUGGAAUUAGAUGUGAUAUAAACCUAUCUAUUAAUAUUUUUGUUUAAAUAUUUUGCUACGCCAGCAGUACAGUAGCAAGCAGUUAUUUUGUACAUUAACAUUAUGUGAUGUCAACUGUACAACAAUCCCUGAGUAAAAUAUGUACAUUGACCAGAAUAUAAUUUAUAGAUUAUUUUAAACAAUUGUCGUAGUGUUAACAAACCCUUCUGCACAAGA